AUGGCCGGCAGCCCUGCUGUCGCCGUGUCGCGAACACUUCGUCAAUCUAUGCCUCCGCUACACCGCGCUCUCAUUCCGCCUAUAGCACGACAACAGCAACAUGCCUCGUCACCACGUCGGGUCCAACCACACCACCAAGUCCGCCACUCCUCUCAUGCCCCCUCCACAUCACCAACCUCCACCAGCACGACCAAACCCACAACGCUCCUCACCUUGCAGUCCCUCUACCGCGCCAAGACACCCAUAACCAUGCUCACCGCGCACGACUAUCCCUCUGCCCUCCUCGCCGCUUCCGCCGGCAUCGACAUGCUCCUGGUCGGCGACUCGCUCGCCAUGGUCGCCCUUGGCAUGCCCGACACCUCCGAGAUCACCCUCGAUGAGAUGCUGGUGUUCACGCGCGCCGUCUCUCGCGCUGCUAGCUCACGCUGCUUCGUGGUGGGCGAUCUGCCGAUGGGCAGCUACGAGGUCAGCGAUCAGCAGGCCGUGGCCAGUGCGAUUCGUAUGGUGAAAGAGGGAAGAGUACAUGCUGUGAAGCUUGAAGGUGGAGCUGAGAUGGCGCCGAGGAUAAAGGCCAUUACAACUGCGGGCAUCAGUGUGGUUGCGCAUAUUGGGUUGACGCCGCAGCGGCAGCAUGCGUUGGGUGGAUUCAAGGUGCAGGGGAAUAGUGUGGGGAAGGCGGUACGAUUAUGGGAGGACGCGAAGGCAGUACAAGAUGCUGGUGCUUUCAUGGUGGUGUUGGAAGCUGUGCCAGGGGAUGUCGCCGAAGUCGUAACCCAGCGUUUGGGUGUGCCGACUAUUGGUAUCGGUGCGGGCCAAGGAUGUAGCGGGCAAGUGCUGGUCCAGGUCGACAUGCUGGGCUGGAGACCGGAGGGUAGUUUCCUGCCGAAGUUUGUGAAGACAUACGCGAAUGUUUGGUCGGAGGCGUUGCAGGGAGUCAAGAAGUACAAGAACGAGGUCAGAGAGGGCUCAUAUCCGAGCGCGGAAUUUGAGUACAAGCGGGAUCCGGCUGUGAGUCGCGCAUUGGCAGAAAAGUUGCAGCAGGAAGAGCCUGCCAGAGAUGGUUGA